AUGGACCGCAUGGCCGUCACUCCGCGCGAUGCCCUCGCAGCACAUGGACAUGGUGCUUCCGACGGCCACCACGCCAGAUCCGUUGCCGACCUCACGUUCGACGAGUUCCUCGCCGAAGCAACGCGCCGGCGCAAGCUACGAAGCGCGGCGCUUCAAAAACGCUCCGGCGUGCUUGGGGAAAGCAGAAACAGCGACGAGGUUAAUGCGCUGCUCCAGGAAUACCACGACUUUUGCCGCAGGAAAAGGGCUGGUACCCGUUCCAUCGGUGGCCAAUGCUCCGGCAAUAAUAAGAGAAUGAAAAGAAUCAACUGCGCCAUACCCGUCGAUGGGACCAUGGGAAACAAGUGGACUUAUGCCGAACACUGCGGCGAGGGCCAGGUAUGCACUGCUCGAGCGCUGAUGGCGUACAACUUUGUCCGGACGAACAACAGGAAGGUACAGUGGCCGACGUGCGUUGACGAGGUGCACGUCGACCAGCCGGCCGAGGAGCCGGCCGAUGAGCCGGCCGGGUCGUCUGAGGCUGGAUACUCUGGGUAUUAUUGGGCCGGCGACAAUAUUCAGUCUCCGGGAACGAGAGACUACAUUCUGGCGCAGGCGUCCAAUUUGGCCGGCGGGGGAUACGGCCGCACGCACUUUCACGACACGGCGGGCAACAAGGGCUGGGCGUGGAAGACGUGGUCGUGCUUUUCCUGCCCGCCCGGCCGGGUCGAGAUUUUUGCCCACAAGCCCGGGUCUGUGUACGGCUUUGUAUUUUAG